AUGUCUUCAGCACCAUUAUUGCAGAGAACACCUGGAAAGAAGAUUGCUUUACCCACAAGAGUGGAACCUAAAGUCUUCUUUGCCAAUGAACGUACCUUUUUGUCAUGGUUAAACUUCACAGUGAUGCUGGGUGGGCUUGGUGUAGGUUUACUGAAUUUCGGUGAUAAAAUAGGUAGGGUCAGUGCUGGAUUAUUUACAUUUGUUGCCAUGGGCACAAUGAUAUACGCACUUGUGACAUACCAUUGGAGAGCCGCCGCAAUCAGACGUAGAGGUUCAGGUCCUUACGACGACAGAUUGGGGCCUACUUUGUUAUGCUUUUUCCUACUAGUCGCUGUCAUUAUUAACUUUAUAUUAAGAUUGAAGUACAAUGAUGCCAAAGUUAAAUUAUGA